AUGUCUCGAUCCGGGAACCGCGCCGACUGGGCGGACGACGAAGAAUUUGACGACCCCUCCGCUCUCCCCGCGCAACAAGUUAUUACCAACAAAGAUGGCACCAAGACCGUGAUCUCAUACCGCUUCAACGACGAUAACAAGAAGGUCAAGGUCACCCGCCGCAUCAAGACCACUGUCGUUCGCGAGAAUGUCAACCCCCAAGUUGCUGAGCGCCGCUCGUGGCCCAAGUUCGGAAACGAGAAGGGCAAUCCUACCGGUCCCUCUUUCGAUACCACCUCCGUCGGCGAGAACAUCGUUUUCCGUCCCAGCACCAACUGGAAGGCACAGGCCAAGGAGGCCGAGAAGGAGGGCGGCGAGAAGGGCAGCAUUCAGGAUCAACUCAAGGACAAGAAGGUCAAGUGCCGUAUCUGUUCCGGAGAGCAUUUCACCGCGCGCUGUCCCUUCAAGGACACCAUGGCCCCCGUGGAGGAGGCCACUGCUGGUGGUGCGGGGGAUACAGGCGAGGCCGAGGCCGGUGGACUGGGUGCUGGCAAGUCCAGCUAUGUUCCCCCUCACAUGCGCAAUGGUGGUUCUGGUGGCGGCGACAAGAUGGGCGGCCGCUUCGAGAAGGACGAUCUGGCCACCCUCAGAGUUACAAACGUCAGCGAGUUGGCAGAGGAACAAGAGUUGCGGGAUCUUUUCGAGCGGUUCGGACGUGUCACCAGAGUUUUCCUUGCCCGGGACCGCGAGACACAGCGGGCCAAGGGCUUUGCUUUCAUCAGCUAUGCGGAUCGCUCCGAUGCGGAGAGCGCUUGCGAGAAACUGGACGGCUUCGGUUACCGCCAUCUCAUUCUUCGCGUCGAGUUCGCCAAGCGAGCUACUUAG